AGCUUUAGCUAUCUUUAUUGAUUUACAACGGAUUUAUUCUGGGUUUACUGUAGUCAAUAUAUAUUGGUUGGGGGAUUAAUAAUCUUGCAGUUCAUACAGACACAAACAUGGCGGUGCUACCCCUUCUGACUCUCGCCCUUUUGGCAGGCUCCGCCUACUCUUCUCCAUCCCGUAUCGUUGGAGGAACAGUCACCUCCAUCGACAAGUUCCCCUCCAUCGUAUCGGUGGAGUUCUACAGCAUUUGGUCUGGCACCUGGAGUCAAUCCUGCGCUGCUAACAUUCUGACAGCCCGUUACGUGUUGUCUGCGGCUCACUGCUUUGAUGGAUUCUUAUUCGACAUCAACUACCGUCGUGUUCGCGCUGGCUCUUCUUACCGCAACACCGGAGGCAUCUUGGCUGACGCUGACCACGCCUACAACCACCCCACUUACGGUCUCAAUGGAUACGAUGGUGACAUCUCCGUCAUCAGGCUGAGGACUCCCUUGGUGUACAGCCCCGUCGUCCAGCAGUCCGUUAUCGUCAACCAAGGAUUCCAGAUUCCCGACAACCUACCCGUCGUCCACGCCGGUUGGGGCGCUAUUUCGCAAGGAGGACCCUUAUCUCCAGUGCUCUUGGAGACCACGAUCUUCACUAUCAACAACCAGCUAUGUGCUGCUCGUUACUUGACCCUGCCAUGGCCCCAAAUUGUGACUGAGAACAUGAUCUGCGCUGGUAUUUUGGACGUCGGUGGCAAGGACGCUUGCCAGGGUGACUCUGGUGGUCCUCUGUACUAUGGUAAUGUCACCGUGGGUGUCGUCUCUUGGGGUCACGGCUGCGCUAACGCUACCUUCCCUGGAGUCAGCACUGCUGUCAGUCCUUACACCGACUGGAUCAUCCAAACCGCCGUCUAAAUUAUUCUUUAUGUUCCUGUCUAAUUUAAAUUCUAUUCUUCCAACUUUUUUGUACAGAACGUCUAAAUUUAUAUUACCAGCUGCCGGAAGAUUUUUUUUUUGUAUAAGAGUUGAUUAAGGAUGUUUUGAUAUUUCUUAAUAAAAACUUUGAAAACAUU